CGCGACAAGGCGCGACAUCUGGACCCUAUAAGCCGCGGGUCCGGUAGUUUACGAUUAUCGUAGGAUCGUUUGGACCACUGAAACCGGAUAGACUCUUGGUCCGGCCCGAGGAAGAGACAGCGGCACCCAGAGCAGAGAAGGUGCUGUAGAAAAAUGUUGAGGAGGAAACCCACACGUCUGGAGCUAAAAAUCGAUGACACGGAAGAGUUCGAGAGCGUCAAGAAGGAGCUUGAGGCGCGUAAGCGUCAGCGAGAGGAGGCGGAGUCAGGAGGCCGAGUGGGCGGGGCUUCUGUUGUCAGCGUGGACGUCACAGGUGGUGCAGCUUCAGCUUCCUCUUCCAUCUCAACAAGGGCAGAACUUAUCAAUGACCGAAUUGGCUUCAAGCCUCACCCCAAGCCGUCAACAUUGCCCACCUUAUUUGGAAGUUUACAAUUUUAGUACAAAUGUUUGAGGAAAUUGUGAUUUUACAGUUGUUUUUUUUAUUUAACUGAUAAUUCUGAAAUGUCAAUAAAAUACAGCAAAAAUACACAACUGUUCGAAAAUACUUAAAUCAUCAAAAUAAUAACCAGGAUUGCUGUGAAACCAAUAACCGAAAAAAAAUGUACAAAGAAUGUGAAAGAAACAGCAGCAACCGGUCCCUUUUAAAAGACAACCCAAAAUAUUAUAAUGGUUGAUAAAUCUAUGAAAAAAAGUUGGACUUGAAACAAGACAAACCAAAAAAAUGAAAUUUAAAAGCUAAUAAUCUGAAGUUACAAACUGCUCCACUCGUCAGUUGUGGUCAUCUAUUUUAUUUAUUUUAUAAUAAAUGUUACAUUAUUUCUUAUUGAAUAUAAGACAAACUGUAGAUUAGUGUUUAACUGUAAAAAAUAGUUUUAGCAAAAACAAAAAUCGGAAAACAUCUUUACAGUGUCAGUAGCUCUGAUGCCACAAUUAGUCCCCAACCUUAUACAGUCAACUUGUAAAGACUCAAAUAAUUUUACCAUGGUAAUCAGGGAUGCAUGAAUUUAUAAAAUGAUUAUCCUUGAUACUGUUUAGUCUGAAAAUAGCGGGAGGGGCAUUAAGGGUAGCAGAGUUGGGGUGUUUAGUGAUUGACAGUUGGAUUUUCAGAAUGUCUUAAAAUGUUACUUUAUUCAAACAACUGAUGACAGUAUACUGAAUUAUAAAAACAAAAUAAAAAUAAGAAAAUAAAUACAACAAAAGCUACUUGGUCCCAAGCAAUAGAAGAAGUUUUAGUGUCUGUUUCUAUAGUUACAGUAGUGAAAGUUAAAAAUGUGACUUAGUGUCUCACACCUGUGACAUUUUUAGCUUAUUAUGUAAAAACGUUUUUUGGAGGUUGUAACAAUAAUUUUACAAUAAAUAAGAAUUUGUAUACGUAUAUUUUAACCAACUGCCUUGUGUUGGCAGUACAAUCCCUAUGGUAAAAAAAAAAAAAAAAUCAGCCUUCUGCAUCAUGAUGCGUUUCCAAACCUGCAUUGUUCUGGUCUCAGUCACUGGGUCAGUUUGUGGCCUGUGUCUUUGUUUACUUUCAUACAGGUGAGACUGUUGUCUGUUCAGACUGGUGCUCAGACUGGAUUUCUGUGGGUUUUCUUGUCUGAUCUGAAAUUAAUUCACUUUCAGGCUGAUUUAUCUCCAUUUUGUGUUUCUAACUGAAUGUGACCGAAUGAGUCAGUGUCUGCAUCAUCCCCACCUGCCGACCACGCCCACCACAGAAAACAAAAAGGAUUUGGCUGGUGACUCAACUUUUUUCUGCUGUCUCUGAUGAUGUCAUCACUUGGCCAGCUUAGCGAUGAUUUCAUUUCUUCUUAAUGGCAACCAGGUCUCGUUGCAGCUCUGAGAACUUGGGCCGGUCCCCUGAGUUAUACUGCCAGCAGCGCAGCAUCACUUUGUACACAUCGUCAGGACAACGCUGAGGACAUGCCAUCCUAUAGCCUAGCAACCAUGAAGUGAAAAUGUCAAGUUUCUAUGAUUCAAAAGGUUAAACCUUAUAAAAAUAUUAAAUAAAAUACAUUUUGCCAUUUA